UACCCUGGUCUACAAAACAUGAACAGAUCUGCGUCGCGCUAUAAUUCACUUUCACUGCUCGCGCGCGCUUAUCCUUCUAUUAUAAAUUAUAAACCAUUCGUGACGCAAAUCGCAAAGUCAGCGAAUCAAUUUGCAUAAUUUAUUGUGGCGGUUUUAUCACCGAACGUAACUCAACUUGGUUUGAAAAAAAAAAUUCAAAAAAAUGGAAAACUUUUGAACUUGAAGCUUUUGCAGCGCCCGUCGACACACCCAGCAGCUGCUCCGAAGAUAAAGAGAAGCAUCUGAUUAUUUUUAUUUAGUCGUCUGGACCAGUUUUCGAAAAAUGUCUGGUUUGAAGUUUUGCGCGAAUCUGUCUUUCAUGUUCCAAGAGAGUUCGUCUCUGCUGGAGCGAUACGCCCUGGCGGCCAAGGCGGGGUUCAAAACCGUCGAGUGCGCCUUUCCGUACGACCACCCUUUGGAGGAAGUUGUGGCCGCAAAAGAAGCGGCCGGCGUCCAGCAGGCGCUCAUCAACAUUCACGUCGGUGACGUGACAAAGGGUGAUUUGGGAACGGCAGCUUUGCCCGGCAAAGAGGAGGACUUAAAGAAAAGUCUGCAGCUGGCUGUUGAUUACGCCAAUGCCCUCAAAUGCAACAGGAUUCACAUAAUGUCCGGCAAAGUUGAAAGUCCUUCUGAAGAGAACUGGAGCACCUACGAGCAAAAUAUAAAAUUUGCAACCUCCGUGCUCGCCCAGAACAACAUUGUUGGCUUGAUUGAGCCAAUCAACAACCGCAGCGUGCCCCAUUACUUCAUGAACAGCUACGACAAAGCUCUGAGUUUGGUCAAAUCCGUCAACUCUCCGAACUUGAGGAUCAUGAUGGACCUUUUCCAUUUGCAGCAGCUCAAGGGAAAUUUGGCUCACAAUAUUAAAGACCUACUUCCCUUUGUUGGUCAUGUGCAAAUCGCUCAAGUGCCUAACAGGCACGAGCCGGACUCAGAUGGCGAAAUAAAUUACCAGUACGUCUUGAAUCAGUUAGAGCAAAAUGGUUACGACAAAUGGAUUGGUCUCGAGUACAAACCGGAAAAGGAAACUGUGGUUGGACUUAAGUGGAUCAAAAGUUUUGGCUUCAGUCUGUGAUUUAUUUAUUCUAAUUAAAACAAUUGAUAAAUAAAAUUUAUAUAUUUUCGUUAA